CCGGCCGAUGCUCAGUGGUCUCUGCGGAGGUUUCACGUUUGAACGUUCAGACGAUUUCCACGGAAAAGCGCAAUGUGAAAGCCAAAAAAGACUAGAAAUAGCCUGGCGUGACGUCCAAUACACUGAGACAGAGACAGAGACGACAGACAGCAGAACCAUUAACACCAUAACAUCAUCAGUAGCAGACGAUAUCGUACCGAUCCCGAGAGUGGAUCCGAUUUGAUCUGAUCUGUGAUGUGAUCUAGUAUCUGAUCUGAUCUUUAUCGAUCGUUAAGUGUUAUGAAUUAGUGCCAAACAAGAGAGUGUCGCGAAAAUGCCAGCCGAAUAACCGACAACAUUCCAUUGAAGAAACAAAACUAAUUAUCGAGAGAAUUAUCGAAAAAAAUCGAAUAACUGACAGGUGGUUGUGUCCUUUUGAACGCGAGUGUGUUGUGAGAUCGAGAGAUAUAUAAAGAUGCGACAUCAUUAUCGGGCGUAAGCGACCCAGAUCAGCCAGAUCGAGAUCAGCUUUAUUCCCGAGAUCGAGAAAGAAAAAAGAAAACAGCGCGGAUUCUGCCGAUUUGAGGACCAUGCCGGUCAUUGUCGAUGCCGCCAGCGACGAGCCACCAGCAAAAUGUUGCAAACAUUGUGAGGAGUCUACGCACAGCGUGGACGGCGGACCUGCAUCGUGGCGUCUAACGCUCGAUCAGGAUCUAUUUGACACGCUCAAGGGCAACUUCCCCAGCUGGUUCCAGAGCAGCUCCGGCGGCGGAGCCACCAGCAAGCAGACGAAUCCCAACCAGCAGCUGGCCCAGCAGAAGCACCACCAGCACCAACACCAUCAGCAACUGGUCGCCAUACCCAGUGUCAUACCCAUUACGAUUGACACCAAGAUCACCGCCCAUACCACCACACCACCCACAAGCAACGCAAAUACACUCCAGCAACAGCAACACCAGCAGCAGACAGUCAUCUUGGGCGGAGGCCACCAUCCGAGCUCCUCGUCGGCCUCGCCAGCCUCCUCCGUUAGUUCCAAUUCCUCGAAGAAGUCCAUUAGCAGCAGCCUGAGCAGCUGCAGUAGCAGCAGCAGCAGUAGUUGCAGCAGCACCAGUUCCAGUUGCAGCGGCAGCUCAAAGGGAGCCAGUGCAGCAGCGACGGCUAGCCGGUUCCUCAACAAAUCCACCUCGACGUCGCCCACAAAGAGCCUCGCCCGGACCCUCAAGGCCCAGACCCAGAAGCCGAGCAACUGCCACAAGGUCGGCCAGCUGGUGAAGUCCGCCUCACUCCAUAGUCUCAGCAGCGGUAGUAGCGGUAGCAGCAGCGGCGGCAGCAGUGGCAACGGCAGCUCCUCGCUGCUGGCCACCAUCUCCGCCUCGCCGCUGACCACCGUCGAGCUCAUAUCGAGCGCUGCCUGCGGGGGCCUCCUUGCCACCCGGCUCAGUGGCAAGACCUUGGAACACACCUUUCAGGAUAUAAUACUGCUGCACGAGACCUACGACGACAUGUCCGAGGGUGAGCAGCGUCUACAUGCCACUUUUCUGGGCAGCAGCGAUGAUGGAAACAACUCGGACUGCUACGAUGCCCGGCAGUCGCCGCCAAAGGCCAUCGUGGACUCCAGUCCGCUGCAGCCCGCCAUGGACAAGAACAAAGAAUCGCUCAAAGUGAAGCUUAUGGUGCGACGACCACAUUCGCAGCUCGUGGAGCAGGGCAUCAUACCAUCUUUGAAAACAUCGCCCGCUAUCCACGAACAAUGCAAGCAACUGGAACGGGCCAAGACCAGCGACCUGCUGAAGGCCAAGAUCCAGCAGCGACCGAACCGGGAGGACCUGGAACGCCGCCACAUACUCGAGGAGGACGAGUGCCACAUCGAUCCCAGCCUGGCGGAGAAGCAGCGCAUGCUGAAGAAGGCACGCCUGGCCGACCAGCUCAACUCCCAGAUCCAGCACCGCCCAGGUCCGCUGGAGCUCAUCAAGAAGAACAUCCUGCACACGGAGAAGCCGAUCGAGAAGAUCGUCAAGGAGGGCCUUGUCUCCUUCAAGGCCACCAGCGAGGGGCUGCUGACGCGGCCGCAACACCCCCACAGCUAUGUAACCUUUGACGAGGACUCCCUCAGCUCGGAGAGUGACACGCGGCAGACGCCACCCCGCCUGGACGAGGCCAUGGUGGUCACGGCCACGCCCCCGCCUCCCAGUACCGAUGUGCUGCAGGCGGCGGCCGCCUCUGCGGGCAUUGUGACGAUGGCCCUGACCAUGCCCACGGCAGGGGGCCAGCUGGUGGUCAGCUCGCCGCAGAUCCUGCCACAAGCACAGCCCCAACCGCAGGCACCCAAGGCUGUGGUGGUGCCGGUUAUGGCGCCCGUACCACCCCCACCGCCUCCGCCGCCACCACUGCCAGCCAGCGGAAUCAAAGUGAAGCAGGAGACGGCUAAUCUGUUCGAGGAGCUGUGCCAGAGCGUCACCGGGUCCGCGGCCAGUCUGGGCCAGUCAUACCUGCCCAUGCUGGCCUCGCCCUGCUCCCUGGCGUCGAGCACCUCCACGCUGAGUCCGCUGUCUUCCAUCGCCUCGCCGCCACCGCCACCGAUGACGUCCGCCAGUGCGACAGCCCACAGGCUGCACCUCCAGCCCGUCUCCAUAAAGUCUGAUGCCCCGGGCAAGGACAAAAACCGCAAGAAGUCCAAGUCUAAGCCGGUGUCCAAGGCGCGGACGAUCAAGUUCCACGAGUACAAGGGCCCGCCGAGCGCCGCCGGCCAGAAACAGGAUCAGACGCAGCCGGAGGAGACCUCCUACCAGCUGAUGUUGGAGCAGCAGAACUGCCUCUUGAAGUUCCUGGAGAACCUGAACAAGAACCAGUCCAUUCUCCCACCGAGCAGCGCGUCCGCGGUUCCGCCCAGCAACAACAGCAUCACCGUCACUACCAAGACGGUGCCCGCCCUGGCCUCUCAAUCCGUUCCAGCUCCGGCGUCCCUCAGCUUGCCCAACACCAUUUCCAUAACGAGCAGCACCGGCGGAGCUCCAUUGAAUUUCGGGGACGCCGCCAUGCUGACUCCCACGCCAGCGGCCACGCCUACGCCCACGCCGCCUACCUUGUCGCUGAUAGCCACGCCCCAGCCGCAGCAGCAGCCCAUGCAGUUGCAACAGCAGCCACAGACGCCGCAACCUGCUGCAGUGCAGCAUCCCCCGCCACUGCCCUCGCCGGCAUUAUCCGUGAGCUCCUCCAUACCGCCCAGCCCGGCCACAAGCUACGCCGAGUCGACCACGAGCUCCAUCACGGACCUGACGCGUCUGGAGAAGAUGAAGGUCUCGGACUUGAAGCAGCACCUGAAGCGCCGAAAUCUUCCAGUGUCCGGGCCCAAGCCCCACUUGAUAGAGCGCCUGAAACCGUAUCUACCCCUGGAGGCACUGGACAGCAACACGUCAGUGGCCCAGGUGAAUGCUACUAGUGCUCCAACCACCACGGAGGUGAUCACCAUUAGCGAUGCCAUGGACACGAGCAACUGCGGCCUGGUGGAGCAACCACCGCCGGUGACCAUGCUGGUGUCCGACCACGGCAUGGAGCACGAGCAGAUGGAUGUGGUGCAGCAGCACCAGAUGGACACCACCCACCCGAUGACGCUGCAGACCAUCCUGCCGCCUCAGCCGCAGACGGCCACGAUAAUCCUCACCAACGAGGAGUUGCUUCGUGAGCAGCAGCGUCGCAUCGACGAGCUGCAGCGGCAGUUGCAGCGUUCGCAGCAGGAGCUGCAGCAGAUACGCCAGCGGCAGCAGCAGCAGCAACAGCAGCAGACCGUUACCGCCCAGGUGGUGAACGCCCUGCCCUCGCAGCAGAUCACUCUGAUCACCACCACCUCGUCCAAUGGCCCGGCGCAGACCUUGACGGUUCUGCCGCAGCAGGUGGAGACGAAGCACACCAGCAUCCCCGCCAAGGUAACUGCCGUGAAGGCCAACAAAGUCAACGGGGUAUCGCAGCAGCAGCAGCAACAGGCGGCCAAGAAGGCCAGCAAUGGUGGGAGCACUCCUGGUCCCAACAUUUCGUCAAAUCCAGCUCCCAUCAGUCAAAAAAUGGUGGUCAAGCAGCAGCUAGAGGCCAAGAUCCAGAAACAAAAGGCAGCGGCAGCCGCAGCGGCACAACAACAACAGCAGCAGGCACUGCAGCAGCAGCAACAACAGCAACACCAGCAACAGCAGCAGCAACAGGUGCGCUUGCUUACGCAAAAGACACAAACUGUACUCAUUCCAUUCAACAACAAUAACAAAAAUCAUAUAAACAAUGCUCCUGCCAAGACAACAGCAACUCCAACAGCCAAGAAAUCCGCAACCAUAUUGCAGGCAGCCAAGCCGGCGGCAACAGUGGCGGCAGCAGCAACACCUGCAACAUCCACGCCGCACCACAACAAUUUGGGGCUGUUGUGGAACGAGAGCAAUCAGACCAUUUUCCUGGUGGGCCUCAACGAUCAGCACAUGACGGCGCACACUCUGGGGAACAUCAGUCUGACUGCCACAACAGCAGCACCAGCCACAUCAGCACCACCGCCAACAGCAGCAGCAGCAGCCACAGUGGCAGCGACAGCACCACCACCUGCCACAGUGGCUGGGCCCAAGAAGCUGCUGAAUGGCCAUCAGCGCACAAGCUCCCUGCCCAGUAUCGUCUUCCCCAUCGAAGCCAAAUCGAUAAUCACGCAUCAACAGUUGCAGCAGCUCCAACAGCAACAGCAGCAGCAACAGCAUCAGCCGUUCCAGCCAGCCCAGCAGCAGCUCAUCCAGCUGGACCUCAAGCCCUCGCCCGCUCCGCCGCCGCAGUAUGAAGAGGCCACCAAGCAGCUGGCGGCCAGCAAGGCGGCGGCUCUGAACGGCCUAAUGCCGCUGGUGAAGAUCAAGGAGGAGCCAGUGCAGUCUCCGGCACCUGCCCAGCCCACGCCCACGGGCAACAACCAGGCGGCGAAGCGAAAGGUGCCUGGGAUCAAGUCCGAACAGGUCAGCGAUGUCCUGGACAUACUCAUCAAGCAGGGGGAGCUGCCGGAGAGUGCCGCCCUGGAGCCGAUCACACCGCUCACCCCACUGCCCGAGCUGGCCAUGUUCAGUACCACAACGACACCUGGAGGCGCCAGCAUAGUGCCCAAGCUGGAGGCAUCCCACACACCCUCCCAGCAGCAGCCGAACAUGGACAUGGCCAUGGACACGAAUGAUUUCCAUCCGGGAAGCGCCGCCAGUGCCGCCAGUUUUAUUGACAACAUCGACAUGGCCUCACCACUCCAACCGGAUGCGGGGACCAUCGAUGCGGAAAGCGUGGCCAAGACCCUGGACAUCUUCCUCGAGCAACACCAUGCCACGCCGCCACCCAGCACGCCACCCAAGAGCUGCCACAGCAGCUGCGAGAAGCCGCCGAGUCCGGACGCCAAGCUGAACCACUUUGAUGAGUACGAACUGCUGGAGCUGAUGUCGCAGCAGCUGGAGAUGGACAUGGGCGAGGAUGCCACCAGCAACCCGGCCAGCAGCUACUGUCAGACCACCAAGAACGGCAACAACAACCUGCGACGCGAUCUCAAUCCCAGCCUGCAGCCGUCCAUCAACGAGCUCCUGGACGCCAGCAGUCCGGACAGCGUGCUGCUGAACAACAAUCCCGGGGGCCCGGCCGAUGUGGACUUUGAUGCCGAUAGCUUCGUGGCCCAGUUGAGUCAGCAUGUCACGGGGGGCGGCAACGGCAACAUGGCCGCCGUCAACGGUGCGGGCGAGUCCUCCUCCUCGUCCUCCUCCGCCGGGUGUGUGGUGAACGGCCACUUCAACAGCCACAGCACGCCCAUGGACUGCGACGACUUCGAGAGCACCCUGAACUCCUUCAUGCAGGCGGUGACCCAGCCGCAGGCGGGCCCACACGGCGAAUACGUAACUACCACCAGCAUGGCGCACAGUGGAUCCGGAGGCGUGGACAACGGAGGCAGUGGCGCAGGCGGUGCAGUGGACGCCUUCAAUACCAGCGGCGACAUAUUCGAUCUGUUCAACAUGGACGACUACAAGAUGAACUGGGCGGCGGGGGACUUUACGGUCUAAUGGAGAACCAAAGU